AUGGCCGAAUCACCUGCGUAUCCGUCCAAUCUGGACAGCAUUUUCGAUGCUGCGUCUCCUCUGAAAGACCGUCUCGACCCAAUCCGGUUGACGACCGCCAACAUCGUUCCGAUCCUCAACCUGCCCCUCUCUCACCAGGUGCUAGGCCACAAUGCCUCCAAUGAGUGUCUCGCACAAGUCGCAAGCGGCGAGACUUCAUACACCACAUUUGUUGUGAACCAAGCCCGCGCCGCCCUUCAGACUAGCGACGAUCUGACCACCGAACAAAAACAAUCGCAACUCCUACACAUCGGCCUGGCAGCCCUCUUCAGCUUCCUGCAGUCCAACGUCACCGGACCUCCCCUCGAGUUCAACUCCGCCCAAAUUAUCCUUCCGUCCACCCUGCAAAGCGAACGCACGACCCUCAAAACCGUGCGGGCAAAGAUUAUUCGCGACCUGACCGUUGACGGAGAAGCUGCGUACAAGCUCACGCCCAACCCCGAAUUAUUCGCUGUCGCCAAGGCUCUGUUGGUUGAUGCCAGCAGUGAUGGACCGCUUGUCGCAAAGACUGUGCGCAUGCGCACCAACUUCCUCCACCAAAAGAUGUUGUCGGAAGUCACGAGUACUCUCCAGGAUGUGAUCUACAAGGACGUCGAGGUUCUGAGCAAGGCUGAGUUGGACUCAGACGAAAAGGGUCGGUUCCUGCUGGAAAGGGCCAGUAUCCACACACACCACGGGUUCGAUGUCAAGGCACGGGAAGAUAUUGAUCAAGCGGCCAAGGUGCGGAAGUUCGAGUUUGCGCUGACUGGAAGGCUGGGCAAGCGGACAAAGUUCCAGGACCGUGAUAUCAGUCAGCUGGUCGUGUUGGCUAAAAGUGCUGAUGAUGGAACGACACAAUCUUCGGAGCCCUCCGGCCCUAAGAACUUGGACUUGAACGACGACACCCUUCUCGAGGCCAUCUCUUUCUCUGAUGCGAAGCCCGAUGAACAAGCUUUGGCAAUCCAGGACAAAGUCUCACCGGCUCUAGAGUCCAUUGAUGCGAAUAAUCAGCCCAUUCUCCACCCUGUUGACUCUGCACUUCUUCUCGCAUUGGCGUCUGCCAUCACGAACACCUCGCCGGAGAACGGUCUCACCCGCGAAGAAACAAACCCUUACGCAACUCGAGUCCUUGAUGGCGGCAGCUCGAACUGGCAAAUCUAUACCCAAGCACUUCUAGUCCGCAGUCGAGUAGAAGGCUACCGUUCCCGUACCGUCGAAAGAGCCGUGCUGCAGAUGCAGGCUUUGGUCGAUCAAGUUAUUGCAGACACCGCAACUAGCGACGACGCAGCUCAAACCGAAUCAGGAGGCCCAACAACCUUCUUGCCGCGCCCUGAGCAGACCGAAUCUGCCCCGGCCGCCGAGCGUCUGGAACAUAUCUGGAUCCUUAACUUCUCGACGCGGUGGAGCCUUGAGGCCGAGCUCGCCAAGCGCUGGGUCGAUCUGGGUGGUCUCCGCACCGCACUCGAAAUCUACGAAAGACUACACAUGUGGGCCGAAGCCGCACUAUGCUACGCCGCCACCGAGCGCGAAAGCAAAGCCAAGCACAUGAUCCGCCGCCAGCUUUACCAAGCCACCGGCCCGGACGAAAACGACGAAAACGAGCAAUUCGACGGACCGGAGCGCUCACCCCUACCAGCCGAUGCACCGCGUCUGCUCUGCAUCAUGGGAGACAUCGACAAAGACGAGAAAAUGUACGAGCGCGCCUGGGCCGUCUCCGGCGAGCGAUACGCCCGCGCCCAACGCUCCCUAGCACGCCACUAUCUCACCUCCACACCACCAGAACUGGAAAAGGCCGAAGAAGCCUACAAAAAGAGUCUGCACAUCAACCGCCUCAACCACGGCGCCUGGUUCGCCCUCGGCUGCGUCCAGCUCGAGCUCCAGAAAUGGCAAGAAGCAACUGACACCUUCACCCGCACCGUGCAACUCGACGACACCGACGGCCAAGCCUGGAGUAACCUCGCCGCGGCUAUGCUGCGCGCCCCAGAGCCAGAAGCCGCCCCGGAAGUCAUCGACGAGACCACCGGCGAAGUCACCGCUGUCGAAGUCGAUCCUCACAAGCGCAAGCGCGAGGCUCUCUCCGCCCUGCAGCGCGCAGCACAGCUCAAGGGCACCGACGCCCGAAUCUGGGAAAACGUGCUGACAGUCGCGGCGUCAAUCCCACCGCCCGCAACACCAUUCCGCGAGGUAAUCACCGCGCAGAGACGCAUCAUCGAACUGCUUGGCACGAAGCAGGGCGAGAAGUGCAUCGAUGUCCGCAUUCUUGGAGCUCUGGUUGACUUCCUGAAUGUCGCGUUCGAGUACGAGGAUCUGCUUAUUCGCAGUGAUGAUCCAGCCGAGGCGCCGAUUGUUCGCACCGGCACAAUCCCUGGCCAGAUCAUUUCGCUGAUCGAUCAGCACGUCGUGCCGCUGAUUACGCACUCUGCUAUACUGUGGCAGAUUGUUGCGCGGGUUGAGGUUUUCCGUGGAAGGCCUUACAAGGCCUUUGAGGCUCAUGAGAAGGCGUGGCGGGCUACUAUUGCGGCUAAUGCGCAGGGUGCUUUUCAGAUGGGUGAUGAGAAGCCUUGGCUUGAGAUUGUGAGGGCUACGGAGAAGCUGGUGAGGGAUGGGUAUGCUAAGUUUGGGCCUAUGGAUCGCGAGGAUCAGAAGGUUGGGGAUGAUCAGGAGGCGGAGCUUGUUGCUAAGGAUUGGCGGUUUAAGGCUAGAAGUGCUGUGAGGGGCAUUAUGGGGAAGGGGAAGGAAUUCUGGGAUGGGACGGAAGGGUGGGAUCGUUUGAAGGAGCUGCAGUCUGAAGUUACGGGCAAUUAG